AUGGGCGCUGCAGAAUAUGGUCGCAUUGAUAUGUUACAAAUGCUUCUAGAUGAAGGAGCACUGGUCGUGGGUGACUAUGAAGAAUAUUAUUACAAGGCUGUUGAGCUUGCAGAGGGUCGAGAUCAUUACGCUGGGGCUAGACUCUUGAAAUCAUUCAAGGACUCGGUUGAACUGGGCAAUUUAUGA